UUUCUCUCUCAUUUCAUAGUUUCAUUCCAACUCUUCCAUUUUCCAGCUCCACUUUCAGAGGUCACAGCUCGUUCUCUCUCUCAUGGCGAAUCUAGCACGCUUUACCAACAAAGCCCUCAGAACCGCAUACGCUGUAACAAAGCACCACGUGCAACCGCAAUUACUUUCAUCAGAACGCGCUUUUGCGACUGAGGCUGUGAAAUCGAUUACUCCUUCACCGGAUCGGGUGAAAUGGGAUUAUAGAGGACAAAGGAAAAUAAUUCCGUUGGGACAAUGGCUUCCGAAAAUUGCAGUCGAUGCUUACGUGGCACCUAAUGUUGUUCUCGCUGGUCAAGUUCAUGUUUGGGAUGGAGCUUCCGUUUGGCCAGGUUGUGUUCUCCGUGGCGAUCUUAACAAGAUCAGUAUCGGUUUCUGUUCUAAUGUUCAGGAACGAUGUGUUCUUCAUGCUGCUUGGUCUUCUCCUACAGGCCUUCCAGCUGAGACUUCAAUCGAGAGGUAUGUGACUAUUGGGGCAUAUAGCCUGUUAAGAUCCUGCACUAUCGAGCCAGAGGUCAUUAUUGGACAGCACUCCAUCCUCAUGGAAGGUUCAUUGGUAGAGACACACUCAAUUCUUGAAGCUGGGUCAGUAGUUCCACCAGGAAGGAUAAUUCCAUCAGGGGAACUUUGGGCAGGUAAUCCGGCCAAGUUUGUGAGGACUCUGACCCACGAAGAAACCUUGGAAAUCCCUAAACUCGCAGUUGCAAUAAACGAUUUAAGCAGAGAUCAUUAUAAUGAGUUCCUUCCAUAUUCCACAAUAUAUUUGGAGGUUGAGAAGUUUAAGAAGUCCUUGGGCAUUUCUGUUUGAUGUUCUUUGUUGUUAUUCUUUAAUGUAUGUGUUAGCUGGACUUUUGCUUGUAAGGGAAAUAAGAAUUUAAACACAGAGCAAGUUUUUGUGUUUCCUUUGUGCUCCUUGCUGAAAGUGUUGGUUUAAGACAUCAUGUCCUGUAUAAUGUAUUGGAGAUAAUAUGUUAAGAGAUGAGAUACAUUCAUCGGUA